AUGCCUGAGGGAGGAUGCUUCUGCGGCAAGACCCGCUACAAGUACACUGGUGAUGUACAGGCAGCUGCGACGUGUCAUUGCCGGGACUGCCAAAAGAUCACCGGCAGUGCCUUCUCCACCAACAUCAUUGUCCCCGGCGACGGAUUCGAAGUACUGGGUGGUAAUCCCAAGAAGCACACCGUGAAGGCCGACAGUGGUAACCAGAUCACCUCCAACUUCUGCCCUGAAUGCGGCUCCACGAUGUGGCGUGAAGGAGACACAUUCGGGACAGCCAAGGUCAUCAAAGUCGGCACGCUGGACGAUCCGAAGGCUUUGAACGACGCGAAGCCCGGGGUUGAGCUGUAUGCGCCAGAGCGUGUGAACUGGGUGAAGCCGGUUGAUGGUGCGGGUCAGAAGCAAGGGAUGCCGGAUAGCCAGGCUGUGUAG